GUUCCCCACGACGCCGCAGGCAGCGCUCGUGUGCCAGUCUUCUUGCAGCGGGCGCGUGGCCGGCUGCUUGUUGCAGUGCGCGGUGCGAACCAUCACACGCGAGUUCGCGGUCAUAGGCUCGAACGAACAUCGAAAUCGACGGUCAGUGCGGUGACCAUGAUGAUGGACAACGGGGUGAUAACAAAUAACUAUGAGUACGGCGAUGGGUACAUGGAACAGGAGGAAGAAUGGGAACGGGAGGGUCUACUAGACCCGGCUUGGGAGAAGCAACAGAAAAAGACCUUCACAGCAUGGUGCAACAGCCACCUGAGGAAAGCUGGCACCGGCAUCGAAAACAUCGACGAAGAUUUCCGCAAUGGCCUGAAACUAAUGCUUUUGCUGGAAGUCAUCUCCGGCGAAACUCUGCCCAAGCCUGACCGCGGCAAGAUGCGAUUUCACAAGAUUGCCAAUGUCAACAAAGCACUAGACUUCAUUGCCUCCAAAGGCGUGAAGUUGGUAUCGAUCGGUGCUGAAGAAAUCGUUGAUGGCAACCUUAAGAUGACUCUUGGUAUGAUCUGGACUAUCAUUCUAAGAUUCGCCAUCCAGGACAUAUCAGUGGAAGAAAUGACUGCUAAGGAAGGUCUGCUACUGUGGUGUCAACGCAAGACAGCACCAUACAAGAACGUCAACGUCCAGAAUUUCCACCUGUCUUUCAAGGACGGCCUUGCGUUCUGCGCACUUAUCCACAGACACAGGCCCGAUCUCAUCGACUACAGCAAACUGUCAAAGGACAAUCCACUGGAGAACUUAAACACGGCCUUCGAUGUGGCCGAGAAAUACCUAGACAUCCCCCGCAUGUUGGACCCUGAUGACCUUAUAAACACACCAAAGCCGGACGAGCGCGCCAUUAUGACUUAUGUGUCGUGUUACUACCACGCGUUCCAAGGCGCGCAGCAGAACACCGCGAUGCCAGACGAAAGGGCGGUCAUGACAUACGUCUCGUCGUACUACCAUUGCUUCUCUGGCGCUCAAAAGGCUGAAACCGCCGCGAACCGCAUCUGCAAAGUUCUCAAAGUAAAUCAAGAGAACGAACGCCUAAUGGAAGAGUACGAACGUCUCGCCAGCGACUUGCUGGAUUGGAUCCGGCGCACGAUGCCUUGGCUAAACAGUCGCCAGACUGAUAACUCACUCGCUGGCUGCCAAAAGAAGCUGGAAGACUAUCGUACUUACAGGCGUAAACACAAGCCUCCCCGUGUUGAACAGAAGGCCAAGUUGGAGACCAACUUCAACACGCUGCAGACCAAGUUGCGUUUGUCCAAUCGACCUGCUUACAUGCCCACCGAAGGCAAAAUGGUUUCGGACAUCGCUCAAGCAUGGAAGGGUCUGGAAAUUGCUGAGAAGGCAUUCGAGGAAUGGCUCCUCAGCGAGAUGAUGCGCCUUGAGCGCCUUGAAUAUCUCGCCCAGAAAUUCAAGCACAAAGCCGAUAUCCAUGAAGACUGGACCAGAGGUAAAGAGGAAAUGUUGCAGUCUCAGGACUUCCGCCAAUGCAAGUUGAACGACAUCAAGGCCCUAAAGAAGAAGCACGAGGCGUUCGAGUCCGACCUCGCCGCGCACCAAGACCGCGUCGAACAAAUCGCGGCCAUUGCACAGGAACUCAACACGCUGGAGUACCACGAGGUGGGCGCGGUGAACGCGCGCUGCCAGCGCAUCUGCGCGCAGUGGGACCGCCUGGGCGCGCUCACGCAGCGCCGCCGCGCCGCGCUCGACGACGCCGCGCGCGUGCUCGAGCAGGUCGACCUGCUGCACCUCGAGUUCGCCAAGCGCGCCGCGCCCUUCAACAACUGGUUGGACGGAACCCGCGAGGAUCUAGUGGACAUGUUCAUCGUCCACACGAUUGAAGAAAUCUCCGGCCUUAUGGACGCCCACGCUCGCUUCAAGGCCACGCUCGGUGAAGCCGAUAAGGAAUACCAGGCAAUAGUAAGCCUGGUACACCAAGUGGAGUCCAUCGUCAAACAGCACCAGAUCCCUGGUGGGCUGGAGAACCCCUACACUACUCUCACUGCGCACGAACUAAACCGCAAGUGGUCGGACGUGAGGCAACUGGUACCACAGCGGGACGGCACGCUCGCCGCGGAACUCCGCAAACAACAGAACAACGAGGCUCUUCGCCGCCAGUUCGCGGAGAAGGCCAACGCGGUCGGACCCUGGAUCGAGAGACAGAUGGACGCUGUCACCGCUAUCGGCAUGGGCCUACAGGGCUCUCUGGAAGAUCAAUUGCACAGGCUGAAGGAAUACGAAGCCGGCGUAUACGCAUACAAACCACAUAUCGAGGAGCUCGAGCGCAUCCACCAGGCUGUACAAGAGGGCAUGAUCUUCGAGAACAAGUAUUCACAAUACACAAUGGAGACACUACGAGUCGGUUGGGAACAGUUGCUUACGUCAAUCAACCGCACCAUCAACGAAGUGGAGAACCAAAUACUCACGCGCGACUCAAAGGGCAUCACACAAGAUCAGCUCACAGAGUUCCGCUCCUCGUUCAACCACUUCGACAAAAACCGCACUGGCCGCCUAGCACCCGAAGAGCUGAAGUCUUGCCUGGUGUCGUUAGGUUACAGCAUCGGCAAAGACAGACAAGGAGAACUCGACUUCCAACGCAUACUCGCCGUCGUCGAUCCCAACAACACAGGUUACGUAUCGUUCGAUGCGUUCCUGGACUUCAUGACGAGGGAAUCCACAGACACAGACACUGCUGAACAGGUCAUCGACAGCUUUAGGAUCUUAGCUGGUGAUAAGCCGUACAUCACGGCGGAGGAGCUGCGGCGCGAGCUGCCGCCCGACCAGGCCGAGUACUGCGUGGCGCGCAUGCCGCCGUACCGCGGGCCCGGCGCGCCGCCCGCCGCGCUCGACUACAUGGCCUUCUCCACCGCGCUCUACGGCGAGACAGACCUCUAGAUACAGGUCGCAGGAGUAACCGAAGAAGGGAGAACGUCGCUGCCGCCGCCGCCGCGCCCAGCCAUACACUAACCACUUCGGCCCGAGAUAUCACUCGGUGUUGGCGUCACGAUUCACAAAGAUUAUUUCCCUUACAUUGACCAACAAUACCUAAAUCGCCCUAAAACCUGUCAAUGUAACGCAAACAAUUUUUGUGAUUAAUAUUAGUCUAUUAAACAGUUCUAUAUCAAAUAUGUGCAAUGUUCAAACCAAAAAUGCCAUUAACUUUCAUACAGUAAACUCUUCUCCCUAAUGUUUAUAGUAACCUUUUGGCUCAAAUCAGAGGAAUCACUAUGUUUACAACUCUCUAUUUAUACAUUUAGUAUUAGGUACUUUUUAACUUUUAUAUGAAAUCCUCAGAAAGUCACAAGAAACUUAUGUGUAAGAUAAAAUGGUGCUAAUGUUAGGCUUGACUAAUGUGUGACACCAAAAUAAGACUCAUUCACAUUGUGAGAAUGUUGUUAUAUUUUUUUUAUUUAUAAGCAAACAUUAUUUAUACAAGUUUAAUUUUUGAUUACUGCCACUAGUAAUUAUUAGUAUUUGGAUGGUAAGUACCUAGGGACAGUGUAUUGUCCCUAGGUAAGUAUACUACAUUAUUUUAAGUUGUCAAAAUUUAUAAAUAUUGCAGGGAAGUGUCACACAAAUUAUUUAUAUCACACUGAAUGCCAUUACUUGCCUGCAAUCUAUUUAUUUGUCAUGUUGAAUAUCAUUUUUAUAUGCGUUUGUGCGAGUAUUUUGGUAAGAGUACUCAAAAUAAAUGAUCUGCCAUAUUUUUUGUCUUUUAAUGUUGACUGCUCUGUUCCAACCAAUUACAAUAGUAAUGACAAGGUAGAGGGAUAGAAAUUAAGAAUGGAUUAUGUGCCCAAAAACGUAUACUAACUCGAAUGUACAGCUAAUUUAAUAAAGAGCUCUUAAACACA